AUUUUGUCGUGACGAGUACGGUAGUGUUAUAUUCCAAGCGAAAAAGAAAAAACACUGUCAGACAGCGAACAGGGCAUACAUUUAAUAAUGAAUUGUUAAAACGAUAGGUGCGCGCCGAAGUAAUAUUGCGUAUGUUCUACGAGCAGUUGAAACAGUUAACAGUUAACGUUAUUUUUUUAUAACAAAUUUAUGCGUCGUCGUCUGCUGCUGCUCAAUCGUUAAAAAGUGCGUGGAAAAGUGUACGAAACCAAUACACGGAAAGUGGGACAACCGAGCGCUGCGCUUGUUGGUGUAUGUGCGCUGUGUGUGUGUGUAGUGUGUAUGUUUGUGUGCGGUGUGUACUGUGUGUGUGUGUGCGAGACGAGUACAAGUACGGGUAAUUUGUACCGACUACAGUCUCACGUCAAUGUGUACGACAAUGUUUUUUUUUGUAUAUUAAAUAAAUAGUACGAAAAAGUGCAACGAAAUGUUUACAAAGUGUGCAAAUAAAAACAAAACAUGCUCCAUGUCUUAACACACACCGACAAAGACACGCGCACACCAAUAUACACGCGAAUUGCAUGCAAAGAGAAGGCGCUCAACUUCUACUCCAUCUUCUUUUGUCUGACGUUUUGCCGCAUGGCAAAAGCAAACUGCGUUUUGGUGUGGAUAAAGGAAUAAAGCAAUGAAUGAUUUACGCCAGCAACAGGUACAGGUAGCAGCAACAUCAUCCUCAGUUAGCCUGGCAGCAACGCCACUCUGCUCCAACAGCUCCACGAGCAGCAGCAGCAGCAGCAGCAGCCACAAUAUCAACAGCAACAGUUCCAGCGCCAGCGUCAGUCCACGUUCCAGCUCCAAUUCGAAUUCGAGCAUCGGUUCGAACUGCAAAUCAGCCAUAGCGACGACGACGACAACAACAGGCGGCAGCAGUCUCCAGCGGCAGCAGCUACAGGAAGAAGAGGAGGACCAGCAGGUGGUUAGCUCCACAUCGUCGCCGGCACAGCGACAGCAGCAGCAACAGCAGCAGCACCACCACCACCACCAACAACAAUUGAAUGUGUCGACAGCAGCAACAGCGCAGCGCCAACAACAGCAACAUCAGCACCAACAACAUCAUCAUCAGCAACAACAUCAUCAUCAUCAGCAGCAGCAGCUGGUGGGUCAAAUAACCAGCACCACAGCAUCGCCGCCGCAGCACAGACUGCGCGACGAUGCGCAGCUGCCAAAUAGCCCAAGCAGCAGCAGCAACAACAGCACUGGACCAUCAGGAGCAGCAGCAGCAGCAGCAACAACAACAAGCGAAGCAGCAGCAGCAGCAAUGGCCGCCACAGCUUUAGAUGUGAAUGGCGAGGAAAACAAUAGCAGCAGCGGCGGCAGCAGCAGCGGUGGCAGCAGCAGCAGCGGUGGCAGCGGCAGCAGUCAUAAGCUAAUACUGAAGCUCUCCAAGCACGGCAGCCAGACAAGCGAAUCUCUAACGGGCAACGAUGAGCGACGCGUGGAGCCGCUGCGCAUACAAUUGCCCACACAGUUGCCGACAACGAAUACGGCGCAAAUGUUGCAGGGAGUGCAGAUGGUGCAGCCGACGAUGGGGCAGCAGGGUAUUGUGCCGAAGAUAACAAUAAGACCAAUUAAAGCGCAGCAGGAUAUGGCAACGAAUUCGGAUGCGUCGUCAUCGUGCUCAUCCUCGUCGUGCGCCGAUGACGAGCAGCUGCCACACAUUGUGCCCAAGCUGACGAUACGCGCCGCCAACGAGGAGCGUGUGAGUAGCGUUGUGCCCAAGUUAAUAAUCAAGAUGCCCGAUGCGGGCGGAGGAGGAGGAGGAGGAUUGGGUGGAUGUGGAGGAGGAGGAGGAGGAGGAGGAUGUGCUGCAAGCGAAGCCAGCAAUUGCCAUAGUCCCCUCAAAACAGUUGGUGCAAACGCUGCCCUUGGCCCCACAACGGGCGCAUUGCCCAAGCUAACCAUCAAGACCACCAAAUUGGAUGGCAACGGUGGCAGCGAGACGCAGCUGAUCAGCUGCAGUCUGUCGCCAGCAUCGGCGUCCAGCUCAUCAGCCAGCUCCUACUCGGGCAGCGACCAGCCGCCCCCAGCGAUGCCCACAGUGCCCAAGCUGAUGAUCAAGACAACGCACGCCGGCAGCAGCUGUAUCAGCAGCGCGGAGCAGCAGCAGCAGCAGCAACAGCAACAACAGCAGCAGCAGCAACAACAAAUAAUACCAAAGUUAACCAUCAAAACGGGCGGCAACAAUAACCAGGAGCAACUGCAACUGCAGCAGCAGCAGCAGCAGGUGCAGAUGCAGAUGCAGGCUCAGCACACGGUGAUUAUGACGCACGAUGCUAAGAAUGCGCAAUCCAUACCCAAGCUGACCAUCAAGACCAAGUCAAUUGAGCUGGAGGAUGAGGAGCAGCAGCAGCAGCAACAACAACAAUUGGUGCCCAAGCUGACCAUCAAGACGAACAACAGCACCGAACAGCAGCAGCAGCAGCCGCACCUCAAGCUAACCAUCAAGAAUCUGUGUUCCCCCAAGCACAAGGUGCGCGCCGUGCUCGAAGAGAAGGUCAGCACCUUCUCCUCCAAGCUGACGCUCACCAAUGGCGGCGACAAUACCAACAUAGCAGCAGCAGCAGCAGCAACUGUUGCCGAUGACAGCGAAGCGGAUGAGCAGCGUCGCAAUUCCGAUGAUAUGGACAUUGAUGAUGCGCUCUCCAAGGAGCAUGAUCCCAAAAUGUUUCACAAUCUGCCGCCGGCGCACAGCAGCAAUGGCAUUGCACAGCAGCAGCAGCAGAAGCAACAGCAACACAAUAUUGUGGACAUGGUGGAUCUGACUUCAUCGCCCUCGCCGGGCUCCUCGCCAGCGCAUGUCAACAGCAAUAGCUACGCCACAGCAGCAGCAGGAACAGGAACAACAGCAGCAGCAGCAGCAGCAAUAAAUCGCAGCCUGUCCACAACUCAAUCGCAAAAUCUGUUGCUCGAGUGUCUGCAGAUGCGAGCAGCAGCAGCAGCAGCAGCUGCAGCGACAUCAACUGGCAGCAGCAACAUAAACAUCAACAACAACAACAACACAAACAGCAGCAAUCCCGCCUCGCCCAACUCCAAUAUACUGCUCAGCCAGCUAACAGCGCCGCCCAAGAGCUUCAGCAGCAGCAGCAGCAGCAACAACAACUUGAGCAGCAGCAAUUCAACAGCAGCUUCCAAAUAUCCGCAGCUAACCGAACGGCUGAUGGCCAAUGGGGCAGCGGUGGCUGUUGCAGCAACUGUUGCUGCUGCUGCCGCACAGCAGCCGAUUAUCGAUUCCAUUGAGAUUCUGGACACGCCCGAGGGCAGCCCACACUCACAAUCGACGCCCUAUAUGCAAAGUGCCUACGAGUCGGAGGAGACGCCGCCGCCGCCGCCGCCACCAACGCAGCUCAGCAAUCAUCUGAAUCACAUGAAUCUAAAUCUAAAUCUAAAUCACAAGCCAGACAAUCAGCAACAGCUGCAGCUGCAAUUGCAGCAGCAGCAGCAGCACAACAACAACGAGAACCAUUUGAAGCGCCAGCAGCAGCAGCACCAGCACCAGCAACACCUACAGACCGAGCCAGAAUCUCCCAGUGGCCUGCCGCCAAGUAAACAGCGGCGCCUGGACAACAAUGAAAACGAUCAGCAGACGCACAACUGCAGCAAUGACACGGCAGCAACAGUUGCUGCCGGCGCAACAGCAGCAGCAGCAGCAGGAACAACUGGACAACAGCCAACGCAUCGCAGUCGCAAGCAGAAGCACGAACGCAUACUCAACACGGAGCUGGAGGAGGCACAGCAACAGCCGGCGGCGCACGUGGAACACGCCCUCAGCAAUGGCAGCCUGCUGCUGGCCGAGGAGCGUCUGGCGGUGGCGACAGCGGCGUCUGCCUUCAGCGAGCAGCUGUCGUCGCAGGAGGCGCACGUAUCGGCGGCCGGGACACCGCUGCCAGUGAGCGGCACGGGCAGGCGGCGGGGGCGACCCAAGCGCAAUGCCACCGAGAUGACAACGACGCCAGCGACGACGACGCCAACAACGCCCGCGCCACCAGAAACGCUGCUGGAGGCCACCAUGGGGGACAGUGCGGUGCAGUCGCGACGGGUGCAGCUGCUGCGCAAGCGAUUGGCCAUCGACAUGGUCAGUGCGGAGCAGCCGGAGCUGCUGGCAACAGCGCACGCGGCACCCACGGAGCUGAAGCCCAUGGAGGAGGAUGCCGCGCAGCAGUUGCUGGCGACGGCGGCGGCGAUGACAACGCCGACGCGACGCAACGAGCAGCGGCCGCUGCGUGCCACCCGACGCAGUGCAGCCACGCCAGGCGGCACACCAGCCGGAACGCCAGCAAAAGUAACGCGCAAGCGACAAAGCAAAGCUGCAACUGCUGCUGCUGCUGCUGCCGCGGCGGCGGCGGCGGCGGCAACUGUUGCUACUGCGAUGAUGCCGCGUUUUGGCGGCGACACGGCCAUGGAGAGCAACAACAAUGGCAUGGCCUAUGCCCUGGCCACACAAAUCGAUCUAACCAUGUGCUCAUCCUCAUCCUCCACCAGCAAUGGCAGCGCCGCAAUAACAACAACAACAGCUGCUGCAGCAGCAGCACAAGCAGCAACGGCAGCAGCUGCGGCUGCGGCUGCAACUGUGGACAGCAGCAAUUGUUCCAUGUUGCCGCCAACAACAAUAUUAUCCUCCUCCGAUCCGCUGCCGGAUGUCAUCUUUCAGCCCAACGACUUCUCAUCGAUAACAGCCACACAGCAGCUGCGCUCGCCGCGCACCAACAACAACAACAACAGCAACACGAACAGCAUCAGCGGCGGCAGCCAGCAUGAUUCCCAUGAUGAGGACAACUACAGCGCGCUGGAGAACUCUGGUGAUGAAUCCUCGGCCCAGGGCAAUCUCUUGAGCGGCUUUGGCAGUAGUCCAGCGGCGCCUGUGACGCCAACGCGCGGACGCGGACGUGGACGCGGCUCGAGAGGCGGCGGCGGCGGCGGCGCUGGCUCAGCGCGCAGCAGCAGCGGCUCCAGUCGCAACAACACAAAUGCCGCACAGCCGCGUGUGCCGCGCAUGAGUCGAGGCGCCAGCGCCGUUGCCAAGGCCAUCGCACAGAGUCGGCCGCGCUGCGUGGGCGGACUCAAGCACCAGCCGGAUCCGGAGCGGCUCAAGGGUUUCUUUAGUCCGUCACCGCAGGUGUUCGAGGAGGACACACGCAUGAGCGCCGAUCUGAAUAACAGCAAUCAAUCGGUAACGAGCAUGGAACCUCCGUUAACGCCACAAAAGCAACCGGACUUCCUCAACAACGAGGAGUCGCAAUCGUCCAUGUUGAGCGGCGUCAGUUUAAUGGACUCGAAUCAGGGUCAAUCUGUGGACGCGAUACUCGGUUCGGCACUGAAACGACCCAAGAAGAAGAAAAUGGAGAUUUGCGUGGCCGAAGAUACGGAUUUCAAGGCAUCCAGCAUUGCGGAGUAUGAUUGGCCGCCGCCCAAGGGCUGUUGCCCGUCCAAGAAUCGCGACACCUUCAUGAUACAGGAGCAGGUGGCCCUCUAUCUGGGCAUCACCAGCUUUAAGCGCAAAUAUCCCGAUUUGCCGCGUCGCGCCGUCGACAUGGAGGAGCGCAAUUGGCUGCAGGAGAAGGGCCUGGUCAGCGAAAAGAUGUGCGAUCUGGGCAUCACCGCUGUCUGGGCCUCCGACAUACUGGACAUCAUGUAUGCCGAUUUCUAUGACAAGUACGAGGAGUACAAGGAGUACAUACGCCAAAAGCAUCUGCGCGACAUCGAGGCCAAACAGAAGGCGCUCGGCCUAACUGUCGGCAAUGGGCGUGGCCUGCAGGCACGCGAUCGCGCCAUGCUCUCCACCAGCAAAUGGAAUGUGUACUUUAACAAGACGCGCAAGGAGGAGCGUGUCGCCUGCCUGGAUCUGCAAACGUUCACCAUGAAUUUGCCGGUGCCGCGCACAGCGGCCAGUUCCACGCUGUUGCAUCGCUCCAUCACGAAUGUGGUGCGCGAAGCCGCUCAGGCCGAGAAUAUGCCAGCGCCGCCCCAGCUGCUGGCGCCGCGGGUCUAUGAUGCCGCCUACCAAGACUCCGAUUACGUCUAUCCGCUGGCCCUGGUGCCAGGCCAAUUUACGUCCAACUAUCGCCAGCUAACGCCUGCCGAGCUGAGGGCAUACCCGCUGAAUACAGCACUGGAUAAGCCGCUGAAGCAGCAGGAGCAGCUGCUGCUGCCCGAUGGUGUCAAAGCUCCGCCAACGAAGUCACAGACAGCGGCGCUGCGGCGCAGUCAGCGUUCGCGACAGCAGCGCAACAACGAUCCGGCCAAAACAAGCAGCGCCUCCGAUGCCAGCGGCAGCAGCAGCAGCAGCAGCAGUGACGCCAGCAGCAGCGAAUCUGACAGCGACGCUGACAGCGACAGCAGCUGCAGCAGCAGCGCCAGCAGCCACAGCAGUCGCAGCAGCAAUAGCAGCACCAGCAGCAACAACAGUUCCAUAAACUCCGCCAGCGAAACUGAGCAGAAACGCGAACAGGAUGCCAGAUUGACGUCCAAUUGCGGCGUCUGCCAGCGCACACAGCAUCGCAAUGCGAGAAAUAUGCCCGAGGCCUUUAUACGCUGCUACAGCUGUCGGCGCAGAGUGCAUCCCAGCUGUAUUGAGAUGCCGCACCGCAUGGUCGGACGUGUGCGCAACUACAAUUGGCAGUGCGCGGAUUGCAAAUGCUGCAUCAAAUGCGGCAGCAGCCAGCAGCCGGGAAAAAUGCUCUACUGCGAGCAAUGCGAUCGCGGCUAUCACAUUUACUGCCUGGGCGUCAAAGCGGUGCCCGAGGGUCGCUGGAGCUGUGAACGCUGCUCAAUUUGCAUGCGCUGCGGCGCCACACGCCCGGAGGGUCUGCCGCAGGCGUCGUUGCUCUCGCCAAAUGGCGUCAGCGGGGGAGGGGAGAAGUGCGUGAAGCCUGUUAAACACAAAAAGGUCAAAUGGAUGAACGAGUAUCGCAUCGAUCACAUCACCAAACUGCGCGAACACUGCGCCAUGCUCUGCGUGCCCUGUGCACGCGCCAAGCCCACCAAGCGAACGCCGCCCACAACGCCCAGCGGCAGCAACGGCAACGGCAACGGCAGCGGCAACGGCAGCAACAAUAGCUGCGCAGAUUCGCCAACAUUAGCUGUCCAGUUGCCGUUGUCUGUGCAGGCCAAUGGCGCCACGGAUGCAACAGCUGCGCUCAGUCCAAGAAGCUGCAGCAGCAGCAGCUGCAGCAGCAGCACGGCGAGCAUCAUCAUGGCGCCGCCGCUGGCAGCGGAGGCAAUUGCCGGCGGCGGCGGCGGCACCCUGCCCAUUGGCGGCAAGCGAAUGCCACAACAGGUGCAACAGCUGGUGGUGAACAGAAUCCAGGACAUGGCAAUAAUGCAGUGCAGCACCACCACCAGCAGCAGCAGCAGCAGCGGCAGCAGCAGCAGCAGCUUUAAUGAUGCGACUGCGUCAACAGCAGCAGCAACAAUAAUUGCGACAACAGUAACGCCCGCCGCCAGCAACAGCUCCAACUCAGUCGCAGCAACAGUUGCUGCAACAGCAACAAUAACAACAACCACAACAACAGCAGCAGCCACAGCCACAGGAAUUGGCAUAGCUCCGCCGCCGGUUGUUGCCUGAGUGGGGGUUAUACGUUAUUGUGCCAAGCGCACUUUAACGGACUUGUAGUAAGCGCGGGUCGCCCCCCCCCCCUGCCUGCCACCCUCCAAUCAACCCCGACCGAAAUCCUAAACCACCAACCCUGCCUAAACAGCAAUCCCCGCCUAUCCCCCUUCUCCCACACACACACACACACACACAAGUGCAUAGUAUUAACAAGCAAAAACACAAGCUAUUUUUGUAUAUGUAUGCGGUUGGGCGUAUGUUUAUUGAUUAUAUAUAUAUAUAUUAAUGCAAUUUUUUUUUGUUUUAUCUUUAAUUGUUUUAUAUUCAUAUAAAUACAACUUAAUUUAAUGCCCACAAUAAUUAUGUUACUUAAGCGAUCGCAAGAUAAAUAUGUUACGGACACAUGACAACAAAAUGAUCAACAAAUUUAUGUUUAUGCCUAAGUUGAGUUUGUUUAAAUUAGCGAAUAAGUCACAAUACACGCCCACACGAACACACCCACACGAGAACACCAACAACAAACACACACAUACACUUGGAGUUUCUUAGCUGCAUUUUAGUUAAUUUUACUUUUUUAAUUUUUUAAUUGUAUGCAAAACUUUUGGCGUUGCCACAUGCCAUUUAACAAGUGCAGCAGAAUCGUCUGGCAACGUAUUUACAAUUUCUUAACUCAUAACAACCUCUUUCUUCCUUAUGCCCAUUCUCUUUGUUCCUCAUUCAUUACACACACGCACACACACACAUCGCCUCUACUUUUAGGACAUCGCAUAUUGUGUAUUUUUUUCUUUUGUGUUUGUUCGUUUCGUUUAUAAUAUUUAAAUAUUUAUAUAUCGAAACAUAUACAAAAACAAUUAUGUCUCUAUGUACGUCGUUAGCCUAUAAAAUUGUACUAUACGAAUAAAUAAGCUACAAAUAAAAAAUAACAUAUGUAAUAAAUGAAAUUGGGCCGAAACUACUAUAAUAUAUAUAAAUAUAUAUAUUUUUUUUUUCGUUCAAAUUGUGUAUGUACUUCUUAAUACUAUUUUUUGUAAACUGUAAGCUAGCCAUGUAAAUGAUUUAAGCCCAGAAUGCAAAUGCAUAUGUAUGUGUGUAUGUUCAUAUAGGCGUAUGUGCAUGCAUAUGUACCUGUGUAUGUGUGUACAUAUAAGUAGUGUCUUCUUAUAUAUUAAAAAGUAUAUAUAUAUUUUUUUUUGUUGGGCGGCAGCUGCUUUGUGCUAGUUGCUUUUGUAAUGCAACAGCGACAACAAACAACAAGAAGCAACAUUUACUAUUUAAUUAGGCCUAAGAAUGUAUUAUACAUGUAAUUUAUGCUAACGUGCACACACACACACACAUAGAUAUACACAAUUAAAAAAACAAAAGAGAACAGUUAAGCACAAGCAACAACAAAAUGAAAAUUAUUUAAGUAAAUGUGUGAAAGAAUUUCAAAAAAAAAAAAAAAGAAAGAAAGAAGGAAUAAGAAAAAGUGGCAACGCUGACAAAA